GCCCGCCUCCCGCCGCAGGAAGCGCCGCAGCCGCCCCGGCGCCUCCCGCUCGGCGCUCUCCGGUGGCAGGUUACUGGAGGUCUUCGUCAUUACCUUUGGUCAAGCUCACGGUAAAGUAAAACUUCAGGAAGUUUACCUGACCUCCUGAUGAAGGUAAGGAGAUUUUUGUUAAGAAGUUUGACUUCUGGAUGACAAAUGACUGCUUCCAACAUGAGUGCAGGGAAUGCAGCACUUGGUGUGGAGACGAAUUGAUGAGGACUGGAUGGCAGAGAAAAGUGAAAUUGCUAAGAAGAAGUUUAGAGGGAUCGGUGUUGACGCUGUAAUGUAAUGGAGUUUGGAGCCAAGAGUAAUGUGAGAAUUAUUUUUGGUUAAUUUUGUUAAUUUUGUUAGUACAAUGGCAAGUUACUUUAGAAAGAUUAGUGAAAAAAUGAAAGGGAACUGUAAAUAAAUAAAUGAAUAAUAAACUUUCUAACUCAAUAAAUAAUAAGCAUAUUAAAGCGGGGCCACUGUGGUGUGAAAUUGCAGAACAAGAGCACAUUUGGCAUGGAAAACUCAGAAGUUUUUACUGUGUGGAUGCAUGUUUUGUUCUCCUUCAGCCUGGCCAGGGUAGAUGGAUUUUGGUUCCUUUACCAUGCCAGUUUUUGAAUUUUUAAUUAUUAGUUUUCACAGUAAGGAUGCAUGACUUACUUACUGUUUUGAGUUAUGAUAGGAGAUGUACUUAUGAUCUGAGACCUGCCCAGUCUUCUGGGAUUGAGCUGUAUGUUUUCAUUAGGUAUGGAGUCACUCACUGCAGUAAGUCUAGAAAUGUGCAGAUGCUAAACAUAAUGCAGAAUUUUAAUUAUUGCUUACAGUCAAUUACAACUCUAUUUUUGUGUUGUUUGCCUCCCUCUGGCAUCUUCAAGUCCUAAUUAAUUCAUAACUGUGGGUGGUGGGAUGAGGGCUGGCAGCAACACACACCUCAAGCAGCCCACCAGAACCUAUGGCUGUACUUGCAGUAAUCCUGCAGAAGCAAAGAUCAAAUUCUUGAGGAGUUAGAUAAAGGUGGCUUUUGUUGUUGUUGCCAGGACUAUUUUUAUCAUGUUGUCAACAUAUGUGUUAAUGUACAAACAUGUUGGUGGAGUAUGCAGAACUCAUGAAACUCAUGAAAAGGUGAAGACUUCAUACACCUGUGAAAUCAGAGCACUGAAGAUGAGAUGUAUAGAAAAAUGUUGAAAGCGAACCAGUGUUCGCUUGACUACUAAAGACCUGGCUGGCACCGUUCCUUAUGGUGAACUGCUCAGUGACAUCUAUGACACUAAUAAAGAAAACCUGUGAGCAAAUAUGAUUGACUGAUGUGGUUCAAGGAGUGGCUAUUUCUCACAUUUCUAUGGAGGUGGUACCUCAGGUGCAUACACAGUUUAUGAGUGAGGUGGUGGGUUGUUGUUUCAUUCCUAUAAUGCUGCAGUUGUAUCAGAAUACAAUAAGGUUUUUUUUGUUGGUGGGUUUUUUUUUGGCUUUGAAGUGCUUUGUAAUUGGUUUCUAGAGCUUUCUUGAUUUGACCUAAUUGGACAUUUUGAAAGUUCGCCAAAGUACAGACCAGGAUUUUGCCAGUUUUCCAUCAGUGAUUAAUAAAGCUCAUUUGGAGGAUCAAUUAGGGUUCCAAAAAGAAAUUUUUGAACUGGAAUUGUUGUAACAAGUGCUAUUUUAUUAAUGGGCAUUUUCAAUGUUGAAUGAUGAAAUGUGGCAGUGCAAUGAACAAUAAAUGUACAUUUCUUUUUAAAGAAUCUCCUCCCUUCUGAUGGUUAUUACAUUGUACUGGGAAUUCUAUAGCCAGGGUUGAGAAACACUUUCUUCAUUCUGCUUUGCAAUGACAUUGUUGGCAAAACUCAAGACGUUGUUUUUAAAAGAUUGUUGGUCCAUUAAGAAGUGGUUUUAGCAGGUAAGAUUACUUCAUAGAAGUUUGUUUGCUCUUCAUGGUGCUAAAAAUGUAAGCACCAGCUUUCUAGAAGUCUUCACACAGAACAAGUAACCGCUGUUGCGUAGCCUGAAAGACUAGUGAAUGGGAAGAAAGGAAGUGAUGUGUUGGGAGGGAGGAAAAGCAGGCAGCGCAUGCCAUCAUCAGUUCCUAAUCAUCCUCAACUCCUCCCUGAGUUCUCAUUUUUAUAAAGAUAAUUAAAAAACCAAGUGCAAGUUGUUCAGCCUGUUUUGGUGCCUUUCUGAUUUGUUUGUAGCCUUGGUACACAAGUAUAGAUUUGACAGAAAGUUUCUUCUGAAGAAAUAGGGCUGGAUAUUCUGCUGGAUACAUUAACAAGCAGGAGGUUCCUACAUGUCAGAAUUAGCUACUUAUCUCAUCCAUUGCUUGUUUGUUCAUGUUCUGCUCAUUCAAAUGUGUCCUAAAGAAAUGAGAUUUCCAGCUGUUAUGGUUGCUCCAGUUUCUAAUUUGUUCCAGGAGUUUGUAGCCGUGAGUCUGAACACACCAGGUAGGAUCUGUAGGUGGUUAUAUACUACCACUCACUGCAUUUGGGUCAUACGUAGCUUUUUAAUGUUAAUGAUUUUCUGUUUUGGCUAACCAGGGAACUAUAAAAAGUAUGUCCUCAAAUUACAUUUAUGCUCUUUUCUGCAUAGUGAAUUCAGAGUGCAAAUGAUUACAUCUGUCAUUUUUUCAUGCCUCCUUAAUGCCACUGUUCUGGCAGUGGUUUCUACCAAUAGAUGAGUACACAAACUGCUGCGUGAUGACUUGCUGUACUUAUUCUGUAGGAGUAAAACAAGUGCCUUUUCUGAAGUACUUCCCUCUUCAAAGAUUGAUGCACUUUUGAUAACAUUGCAAAUGCUCUAAGCAAGCUUGUAUUGCUUAAGGUCACUAGAUGAACCAGAGGUCUGACUGAAAUAGGACUCCUCCUUGGCAGGUUCUACAGCAAGAGCUUUCAAACUACCCUCCAAAGGACCUCUUGGGGAUUCCUGGCAGAUCAGGUGCUCUAGGGGAAGGAACUGCUGCUUUUUUCAAGCACUAUUAGCAUAAGUAUCACUACAAGAAGUCCAUAAUCACACUCAGAAGAUACUUUCCACUUGUAAAUCAGGAGGCAAAUCUUGCUUCAAUUGGUGUUUACUGAAAUAAGACUGCUGGAACUGUAUCAAUGCAACAUAUCACAUUGAUCAGGUAUAUAUACUCAUACUACACUAUGUGCUACGCCUGCAGUGAAAAAUGGCAACGUGCACUCUAAAGGAAUGGAAUUACAGUGCUAUACCACUUUAGCAUUUCUGCUAGCACCAUGGUAAUAUUUAUCUUCCAUACCUUUGAAGAGAACUUGGGAAUGAAAAUGCUCUGAUGAAAACUAUACAUGUCUAAAUUAUUCCAAAUAUCCAACUAUGGUUCAGGAUGAAAAAGAUAAAGUGAGCUCAUUCAGUCCAUGUUCAGGCCUGCUAAGAUAAAGCUUAAUAAAAUAUUACUAAAGCAAAAGACAGUGAAACAGAAAGAUGAUAGGUGAUACUUUAUGUUUUCAGUUACUGAAAUGAGCAGAUGUCUUGAUUUUCUCCAAAGAAAAGAUCCUAGGCUUCUAAGUUUAGUUCUGAGUUGAGUAUAAAGAUAGCAUCUACAUUCCUAGUUUCUAUCACUUUUACACUAUGUUUUGUGGCAUCUGCAUGUUUUCCAUUGUAGUGCUUAAUUACAAAUAACAAAUUGAUCUAGAAUAUGAUGAGCUGCACAUUCCCUCAGUUAAUCCUCCUACUCACCAACCUGCUACUUGAGGUCUAUAUGGCCCUCCAUUAGGAGCAAGAGAACUUGCUAAGCUCUUGCUUCUGUCGGGCCUCCAAAAUCAAAUCUCCACCCUGUGGGAUUUAGCUUUCCCUCAGAGUAACCCGGCUAUCAUUAUUACAACUGCCAGAGCCUUUCCAAGCCCUAAUCUUUUAACUGGAACCACAGUGGUUUGGGACACAGGAUCUGGUCUCAGUAGGACCACAGACCGUCUUAGUACUCUGCCUCCUGCAGAGCUGCAUUCAUGCUCACUCUGAUUCUUCCUGAAGGAGAUGUCCCUUAUCCAUCAGCAAAACAGAGCUGUGUGGAAAGCUGUGGUGAUGUCACACCUGUUCCAAACUAGACAUGUUUCUGCAGGUCACUUAAAUGGAGCUUUCUUUUGCCUGACAGGAUGUCCUCACUACUGUCCCAGUCUCAUCCUCUGUUCCAUUCAGUAUGAAAGGAAAGCUAUGCAUCUGUACUAACUGAGCCCGUCACUCGUCAUCUAUUUUUUCCAUUAAUGUUAUUACGGCCUCUGUUGUGUACUUUUAUGAAAUCCAAACUAGGCCCUCUGCCAUUUCCAUGAGAUUUGGAGCCACUGAUCAUAAAAAUUUUCAUCACAGGCGGCAGCAGAAUAUGACAAGAAUGACCUUGAUUAUCUUGUCAGAAGAUAAAAGUAUGAAUCACCAUUUUUAUUUAUUCCAGCAGCCCAUCUAGCCCAAAUGCCUUGGACUGAUGCUAACAAAUAGAGGAUGCUUACCAAAAGACGGGAAGAAAUAGGAUAAGUGUAGAAUUUCCUAACUUCUGGCAGUCAGAGGUUAUGGGAAUUUCCUGAGCCAGAGAUUUCAUGGGAUUGCAUCAUCAUGUUUACUCACCAUUGAUAGACUUAUCGACCAUAAAUUGUCUGAUCUGUUCUGAACUUUCUUCAACCUCCACAUCAUCCUUUGAUGACAGUCCAGACAGUCUUUUAUAGUAAAACAGCUUCUGCAAUAAAAAGGAAAAUAUCCACAAAUCCCUAUUUAGUCUGGAAGCCUGCUUCAGUGUAGGAGGGCUCAGACUGUCUUCUCAAAGCCUUCCUUAUUGCAGUUUAGAAAUGCAGAUCUUGAAUUCUUUUUUGUUGAUAACUUAAUCUUGCUGUUUUUCUUUCCGUUCACAUUUUUUUUUUUGCCCUUGCUCAUUUGGUUUUGUGGACCAAGCAUUAAUGUCCUGUGGUGCCCUGUGCAACCCUGCGUAACUUGGAAAAAAUUCCGAGCUGUGUUUUUCAUGCAAGAUCAAAAAUGGAUAUUUGUUGAAAUAUGCAGUGAUAUGAACUGUGCGUUGGAGGUUAGACUGUGCCUCUAGGUUUGUUUCUCUUCGUUGCUUUCCUCUUCAUUAUUUAUUUUUCUUUCCUGUUUGCCUGGAUUUUCAUACAUGCCUCUUCUGUUCUCACACAUCCACUGUGAUUCCCCCUCAAUUCUGGUAAUAGAUUGGAAUUAGAUGUCUGUACAAAAAAAAAAAAAGUACUACAUUAGGGUAUUUUUAGGUUCCCCCGAAGUCUUGAAACAGACAUAGAUUAUUACAUUGUAUGAUAAGAUGGAAAAUAUUGAACUAUGUAUUGUAUUAGUAGUUUAGUAUCACAUUUUUACAGUAAAUGGAUAUUUGCCCCAGACAAAAUCCAUCCAUAGGCUGUUGACCAAAUGCCUUCAGUUGCCACUAAAAAAUGUUGAAGCCUUUCAUGGCAUUUAGAACAGACUUGCCUCAUCUAUCAUUAAUAAUAAACUGAAGCUACUCUACAGUUACUGUGUUUGCAUGCUGCCUAGUAGUUCUGAGGUACAGAAAAACAUUGGUCAUCUAUGGUGUAAAGAAGGACACAUAAAGAAUGCUUUCUGCUGUGCUGAGUCACAGCUGCUAGUCCAAAGCAUGAAGAAGGACAUGUAUGCUUCCCCGAUUUCCACAUUUACCAUAAGGUUUUGUAAGUGAAACAUUUUGGAUUUUUUAUUUUAUUAUCUUCUGCCAGAAGGCGAGGGUCUCAUUUAGUCAUGACACUCCACAGCAAUCUUAAAUUACUGACCCUGUGGCUGUUUUUACCAUAACUCUUCUCGUCCUCAAUCCCCAUGUUCUUGUGCGCUGUGACACAUGCUAUUUCAGAGGCUUGGGGAAAUAAGGAGCUUGGGAAAUUGCAAACAGUAGGAAAAGCUGCACGUUUGCAAGACCCUCCCUGAGCAAGUGGUUAGGGGCUCCUCUGCCCACCAGACGAUGUGUGCUAGGCAGCCGUGUGAUUCAGCUGCUUCUUUAGCUCGUGUUUAAUUGGUCUGUGCUAUCUGCCUGCUGUGUAUAAACGAAUGAGUGGCUCCUCUCCCAAAAAACAUCAAAACAAAACACAUGAAGUUGGUAAUAUUUUUGAGAAAGACAAGCUCAUUUGUGUACGAACAGAUUUGCUAAGUGGGCAACGUAAAUUCAAAUACCCAUGGGGAAAAACAAGGAAAAUAACCAGCAAGGAGGAAAUCUGUAAGUUGAUGGUAGAUGCAAGACACCCAUUACCACUGGGAAGAUCAGCUGGACUGUUGUUCUCCCCUGCCCACCCACCCCAGUGUGUUGGUAUGUUGUUGGCUGGAAGCCAGGCAAAAAGUACUAAUGAGGAAAAAAAAAUUGAGAACAACAACAACAACAAAAGCUGAAAUCCACCAAUGUGUCGAGUUCUCUCUUUUUGUUAACAUGAAAAAAAUACUGAGCCUUAUGCCUUGAAAGAUUUAUGGAUUCUCUUCUAGUUCGCCUUGGAGCUAGAUUAUCUUAGAUGCUCUCUGGCUCCUGGUCAUGUAAAGAGGUUGGGUUUUAGCUUGCUUUUAAAUUGAAGGAAAUUCAUGACUCUUGUGUUUGUGAACAAACCACGAUCCAUGGGCAGCUGAUGCAGUGGGAGUGCCUGCAGAUGACCUCAAAUCUGUUCCAAGGGAGGAGGAUAAUGCUGUCACUGCUUUCUUGGCCACAUGAGCUGCGUGGUUCUGCCUCCCUCUUUAGUGCUCACUGCAGGUCCUUGAUGUGUGCUGCAGCUAUGUUAAAUGCCCAUAAGGCGUUCUCUGCCUAAGAAGAGCAUCUGUGUGGAUGUGCAGUCUAUGUGAAUGCGUGGCUGGUGCAGCUUGCCCAUCCAAAGAGACACCCUGGUAGCAAGAGGGCAAGCUGAGGUUCCUAAAGGGCACUUGUAAUCAGGUACUGGGACAUCAGGAAGGGACAGUGGAGCAGAUGGUGUUGGGUGUGGCAUCAGAGUUCAAUGACAUAGACUCAGAGAAUCAUGAUUGUUGGAAAAGACCACUAAGAUCCUCUAGUCCAACUGCCAACCCGUCACCACCAUGCCCACCGAACCGUAUCCCUGAGUGCCAUAUCUACGUGUUUCUUGAACACCUCCAGGGACGGUGACUCCACUGCCCCAGUGGUGGACACAUUCCUCGUGUUGGAUGUGACGUUGGUGGCUGGACGGCACUUCAGGACACUGCGAUGUGUCCCCUCCUGAUGCUGUCUCAGCUUUGGUGGGGAGUGGCACAAGGACCCACGGCAGUGUUGAGCUAUUGGGUGUCCACACGUACCUGUGCUUCUGUCGGUGGAUGGCGGUGCGGGGGUGGUUCCAUGUGCCAGGUUUGAUGACACAUCUGAAGCUGAUACUCUCACCAUCACAUGACCCCAUGUCCCCACAUUUCAGUCAUUUCAGAGCCGUGCAUCACCACCCUGCCGGCUCCUUGGGUGCCCCGUGUUUAACAGCAGAUAUUUAUGACAUGCUGAGGGAAGAAUGAAGUUUAACUCAUGUCCUUAACUAACCCUCAAGUGAGGGAUUAACUGCCUACUGCAUUCUUCUACUAAGUAUUAAUCACUUAACAUUAUUUCCAUUUUUUAGAAGUCUUUUGAUUGCGCAGUCCGGCAGUGCACAGUUUGGUUUGAGGUUGGGGCAUCCGGGGGCCCCUGAGGCCACAGUCGCUGCCGGCCAACAUGGCUCCACUGUGCUGCUCAGGCGAUGGGAAGCCAUGUGCCGAGGGGCUGCAGCUCAGCGUCCUCUCGCCCUUCCCUCACAGACCUGUCCUCCUGGCUGCAGCAGAGUUAAAAAAUAAUUACCAGUUUUUCAAAGGAUCACCCACAUACACAUGGUAUGAGAGUUCUUUUCUUUGUUGGUUUCAUUUUAUUUGUACAUGACUCACUCUUGGCAAAAUGAGUGAGCCUCAUGAGCCUGUAAAAAUUCUGUUUGGAUUAAAUGAUUUGCAUUAAAUGAUUUAUAACUGCAAGGACGGUUUAAUAUUCCUGUAAUUCCUGGAGGAAAAACAAUCCGAUCGUACUCUUUCAGGUAGCUGGUGCCUUCGCGCCUGUGCCUCCAGACGCCAUCUUCCUUGCUCGCUUCCUUGCUCGAGCCGACAGCUGUCUGUGAGGCUCGAGGUGAUUCUCCUUCCCUUCCCGCCUUGUGCCUUAGAGCCUGCUGUGGUGGGGAUGCGCUGCCAUCCAUCCCAGCGUGACCGAAACCCAACCAGCGCGUACCCCACGACCAGCGAGGAGAGCCCUCGGUGGUGCGCCUCUAAGCGCCGGCUGCGUAGGCCAGGGCUCGUCACCCGCCGAUCGCCCAGCGCUGUGCCCAGGGACGGCUCCCCAGAACAAGUGCUGGGGGACACGGGGAUCCCGCAGCGCUCUGCCCACGCCGCUCCCCCGGCCGAGGCCUGCGGGCGGUGGCCGGCUGCAGCCCCGAGACCCGGGAGCGCUGCGGCGGCCCUGGUGCCUGCGUCGGGGCUGAGGCACGGCGUCGGUGCCCGCGGGAAAGCCGCCGACAGCGGCCGCCGCCUUCAGCCUCCGAUCGCGGCGAUCAUCCUCCCCCGUGCCCGUGCCGCACCGCGAGGACGGCUCCCGGCCGAGCUCCGGGCGCGGGAUUCCCACUCCUUCGGCACCGAGACCCCCGCAGCCCGUGAGCCGCCGAGCCCGGCGGUGCGCCCGGAGGGGCGGUGACCCGGAGCCCGCCCUGCCCGGGGCAGCCCCGGCCCGGCGCUGCGAGUGGCGGCGGGGCCGGGGCCGCUAUCUGCCGGGCCGCGCUUCCCCCCGCCCCGCGCCCGCCUCCCGGCGACCCUCUCCGCGGCGCGGAGGGGCCGCGUUGCGUAACGCGCUCCGCACGGCGCCGGGGCCGGCAGCGGGCGAGGCGCGGCGGUGGCCGCGGCCGGAGUGAGAGAACAGAAAAUGAAGCUCUAGUAAGAGGGGCAUCCUUGGAAUAGAGAAGAAGGAGACUAGAAAACAGUUAGGCUGUGCAGAAUGGAAACUGUUUGAAACCACAAGUGGCAGUGGUGACAGAAGAAGAACAAGAAUGAUUACGUAUCUGUAACUCUCAGCAGUAUGUCAGGUGUCCGAUGAAGCACUUCAGAAGAGAAGAUGUCAUUCUCACACAUAUAUGUACACACACAUAUAUUUGAAUGCCCACAUAUUUUACCCUAAAUUUAAGCUAUAUUAAAUGCAACAGUGGAGCACACCCAGGGUAUAUACCCAGUUACUUAGACAAGGAUGAGCUAUGUGUAGUAUGUGGGGACAAAGCCACCGGAUAUCAUUAUCGCUGCAUCACUUGUGAAGGUUGCAAGGGAUUUUUCAGAAGAACCAUUCAGAAAAACCUCCAUCCAACCUAUUCCUGUAAAUAUGAAGGAAAAUGUGUGAUAGACAAAGUAACAAGAAAUCAGUGCCAGGAAUGUCGCUUCAAAAAAUGUAUCUUUGUUGGCAUGGCAACAGAUUUGGUGUUGGAUGACAGCAAGAGGCUGGCAAAGAGGAAGCUGAUAGAAGAAAAUCGAGAGAAGAGGCGUCGGGAAGAGCUGCAGAAAACGAUUGGUCACAAACCAGAACCAACAGAUGAGGAAUGGGAGCUGAUCAAAAUUGUCACUGAAGCACAUGUGGCCACCAAUGCACAAGGAAGCCACUGGAAGCAGAAAAGGAAAUUUCUGCCAGAAGACAUUGGGCAAGCACCAAUAGUUAAUGCCCCAGAAGGGGGGAAAGUGGAUUUAGAAGCCUUCAGCCAGUUUACAAAAAUUAUCACACCAGCGAUUACAAGAGUGGUGGAUUUUGCCAAAAAGUUGCCUAUGUUUUGUGAGCUGCCAUGUGAAGACCAGAUCAUCCUUCUGAAAGGCUGCUGUAUGGAGAUAAUGUCCCUCCGAGCAGCAGUUCGCUAUGACCCCGAGAGUGAGACUUUAACGCUAAAUGGGGAGAUGGCGGUGACAAGGGGCCAGCUGAAAAAUGGGGGUCUUGGCGUAGUUUCUGAUGCCAUUUUUGACCUGGGCAUGUCUCUUUCUUCAUUUAACCUGGAUGACACCGAGGUUGCCCUUCUCCAGGCUGUCCUGCUCAUGUCAUCAGAUCGCCCAGGCCUUGUUUGCGUCGAGAGAAUAGAAAAGUGUCAAGAGGGUUUCCUCCUGGCAUUUGAACACUACAUUAAUUACAGAAAACACCAUGUUGCACAUUUUUGGCCAAAACUGCUGAUGAAAGUGACAGAUCUGCGAAUGAUUGGAGCCUGCCAUGCCAGCCGCUUCCUGCACAUGAAGGUGGAGUGCCCCACAGAACUCUUCCCUCCAUUGUUCCUGGAGGUGUUUGAGGAUUAGAGAGACUGGAGCGGUCCUCUGCACCCCUGUCGCACUACUGGCUGUCAUUCCAUUCCAUUGCCCAGCUCUUCUCACACCUGUUUGUUCUUCUUUUGUUAUCUUCUGAUUCUUGAGGUGGGGUUGGGCUUUUGUUUGAGUUUUUCUCUGGGGUUGCUGGGGGCAGUUGUAUACACAUGGAUGAAAACAUCCCUUUCUGCUGGUACUUGUGACUAUUGCAAUUUGUUCUUCAGUCCUUUGAUGUGAAUGCUUUGACAGCUUAACAGUGAAAAUAGAAACAGACCAGUUUCAUUCACCAGCACUUGCGUGGUCACCAGCUCACAUGCAUCAUUGCUUAGAAAAUAUGGGAGAUAAAUUGAAGUGGCAGAAAAUAAAUUGGCCUCCAAGUUAUUAUUAUUGAUAAUUUGAUCCUGGCAAUUCUGUCUGCUAUUACCUCACUUUGCAGGGUACUAGUGACCAUUUCAUGAGAUGAAAUUUCUAGUCUUCAUGGUUGUUUCUGUUGUAGUGGUCACCCUUAUUAUCUAGGGCCUUCAUCCCUGUCAUGAUCCCAUCAUUAUCUUAGGAUUGUUCCAAUGGAUGCGGUUUAACAGUGUCCCAUAAGUCUAGUAUUUAGUGUAUGCAAAGUGAGGGAAGGGACUGGGCCAUUUUUUUCCAUGUGUACAGAAAGUAAGAUUGUUCGGUUCUUACUACUCCAGGUAACUUCACUGGAAGCUCUGUUGGGGGGAAAGAGGGAGAUUUGAUCCUCUGAUGUGCUUUUUCCUGAGUAGGGAAGUCUGCUUUUUCUGAGGUUUGUGGUAAAUUCAGCGCUCUGAAGGUGUAGGCUGUUUGUAAGAAUAGCAGUAUUUCCUAUGAGUUACUCAGGGAUGUGAAUGAAUGACCGUCAUGGGAUGAUGGUCAUUCCUCAUGUGGGAUGACCAUCAGAGGGAACAGAAACCAACUGUGUUAUUGAUGACACUCUAGACUGUACAGCUUUGUCCCAGUAGUACAAAUAGUAUUGCUUGGCAGUAAUCUUUUGUUUUAUAUAUAUAUAUAAAGUUUAUAUGCACAUAUAUAUAUAAUUUUAUAUAUAUAUAAUUAUGAAUCUUCAGCAGAUGUCUUAAACAUAUUUCCGUGUUUUUAUCGUCUCUCUCUCUUUCUUUCUCUCACCCUCUCCUGUGUGUGUAUGUGUGUUGAUCAGCUAGGUUCUCCCUCCUCGGUGUGUGUAUGUGUUUUGUUGGGCUAGUUUCUCACUUGAUUCCUUCACAUAAUUUAUUUCCACUAACUGCACUAGCAGGAACUGAACUGAGAGAUACAAAGUCCAGCUGCCAAAAUCUGCAAGUCAGUACUCAGUGAUGCUGGAAUGUUUGAAGCCUGUAAUGAGGGCUUUAUUGGUAGAGAGUGAUUCCUUUCUGUUGUCCAUCACCAUUCAGGGUUGUUGUCCCUGGAUUUUAUAAACUUGAUAUUAAACCAUUCCCUGAAUUUGUAUGAUACAUCAAAAGCAUUCUUCUGUUCUUCCUGGAAACUCGAGACCUGUUUUGCACUUCCUCAGAUCCCGCAUUCUUUUGUGUUGUGCAUUCAUUUGUACCAGUUUCUGUCUCUGUUAUUCAUUGAUACAUUUGCCUGGCAACUCAGUGGGCACUGUUAGAACUGAUGUGUUGAUUUUCAAAGCUCAUGCCCCAUGUUCAAACCCAUAUGUUAUAUAUUUGUCCCCUCAUAAGAUCAUGAUACUCAGGAAAAUAUAUAGGUGGAGCACAGUAUCUUUGUGCCAGGGAUUAAAUUAUUUUCACCUCCGUUUCCCUUUAACAUUGAUGAAGUGUUUGGAGUGCUAUUGGCUCUAUUGUCAGGGUUAUGGAAUCUUGUGCCUGUUCUUUGAUAUCAUAUGUACCCAUGGCGAGUGUUGAGCGUUGAUGUUAUUCCUUAGGGGUUAUGCCCAUAAUUUCAUGAGAAUAUAAAACACAAUGGGAUGUUCAGGGCUUUUUGGAGGUACUGAGUAGACAGGCCUUUGGAAAUAAGUCUUUAAAUGCUUGCUGACAUUGAAGAGCCUCCAUUGUAGGCUGGCUCUAUUUGCUCAAUCAAAAGGUGUGCUAGCAACACAAAUUCCGUGUAGAGCACUACAUCUUGGGGACAAGGAUCAGGAAACGUUCUAGCCUUUGGAACAAGAAAUCACACAACAAGAAAAGCUUACAUGUAUUCAGUUCUGCACAGUCUCAGAUGAUCAGCAUCUGCAGUAAAUGAAGAGUGUUAGAUAUCUGACUUGAGGGUGGCUUGGUGGGGCACUGAUAGUAUAUAGGGAAAGCAAAAAAACAGCAUUUAUACCCAAAUGGCUCUCAAGAAGAAGAUAUCUUUCGGAGGUUUGUACUCCCAGAAUCAUGGAGUUCCUUCUGAAACCAGCCUGAGUAUCUCAUCUAGUGAGUUAGUGUGAAAACUUGUAACUGUGCUGCGGAUGAGAUCAAGGAGAAAGAAGGUCACUUUCUCCAGGUAGUAUUCACAGUGACCUCACUACAGGCUCCAUGAUAUUUUAUGUAUUUCUCAGAACCUCAGUUUCUUGGAGUCACACUGCUGCCUGAGAGGUUCAGUCUCUCAUUAAGAUCAACAAUUCUCAUCCUCUGGGUUAUAAAGAAAAACAGCAGCCUAAAUGUUGAGUUUGGAAGUCAAUACUCAGUAGCGACUUCUUACUGCCUUUAACUAUUGGGGCCCGCAGUACUGGCUUUUGAACACUUGGAGUGUCGGGACUGCAUUAAUCAAAAAACAAAGGUCAGAAGUUAGAAAAAAUGUGAGAGUUAGUGGAUUGACAUGGGGAAGCAGCGAGAGAUGAAGAAACUCACAGCACCUUGGGCAGAACUGCAGCUUGAGGUAGUGCUGAGAACGAACGCUUUGCACAGGCUGCUGCAAAAAUCAUUGCUCAUAAAGGAAUUUGUCUGCCAAGGUUACUGUAGCAGGUCAAGAAGUUUUAAAACACAGCCUACACAAGUGGAUGUCUGAAUUCAGGCAUGUCAGCUGCAGUUAGGCAUCCAAGUUCAUGGCCUGACUUCCUGAUACUGAAGCAGUUUGGGGUUGCAGCUAGUAAGGAUUCAGAAAACUGAGCGUCCUUUAUUAGAUGAUUGCAGAUGGGCAAUUAGGCAACCAACUUGGAAAGGUUCAGCAGUCCUUUAAGCAGUAAGGAUAUUAUCAGUGUACUUUUCUAGCUUUUUAGAUUACAUUGGAAUCUGGUUUUGAUUAACCAAGGGGGAUUAGUAGCAUUCCUCAACAGAGGGCUAAGACCAAGCUCUUAGUCUGACAUCUAAUGAUCUCUGAUCUCCUACCAGUCUUACUCUGUGUGUCUUCAUUGACUUCCUCAGUCUGACUCCUGAUUCACGUGAUCAUGAGAGCAAAACUAGAAUCUCUGAGGAUGCUUUGGCAGGCUCUUACUGAGGAAUACUGACCUUAGUCCUGCAAUGACUCAGGUCGCCGUAGGUCUGAGCCACUGGAUUUACCAUCUGAGUGGCAGACAUCAGUCAGCAGAGUCUGUAGGACCUGUCCUUCUGAGGGAAACAACAAACGGCACUUCUCACUGCAGUUCAGGGUCUUGUUUCUGAUGGUGCCACAUAACCUUUGUUUUUGCUUUGUGGUCUGCGCGUGGGUCUUGCAUAGGAGAUGCUUCCUAUCUCACCUGAUUAUCAUUGUUGACGGUUUUGCCCUGAGUAACAUACGCAUUUAGAUACUCAUUUCAUGUGUCACCUCAGUUAAGUUAUGAUAUUUAUAAUGACAUAUAACAUGCAUAAUAAUGAUUUUUGUUUACAUUCUGCCAAAAUGUAGGCGUUAGAGUUAGACCUCCGAGAUCCAAAACCAUCCUUGAGCAAAAUGCUUGCUUCUUCAGAGGCAGGCAUCAGAAAGUGAAAAAAAAAACCUGUCCAGAAUGAUCAGCUGUAUCCGAAAUCUGCCAAGACGGGGCUGUUGAUCACAAGCAGAGCAUGUCAUUGCUAGCGAUGCAUUUUUAUGCUAUGGAACUCUAACCUGUAUGUGUCAUAUUGACUUUUUGCUGCAUGAAUCAUAAAUGAUAAAAAUCAGUCCUAUGGUUUUGAGAUGUAGCCAGCAUUCCUAAGGCUAAACCUUUUUCAUUGACUGAAUCAAAAUCCACAACCAAGGAACGUACUCCUCUCACUGUGAGAGCAGUUGGAAGAGUUGAGCGUUUAUCUUUUCUCCAAGGAAGAGGCAAUAGGACCUCUUGACGUGUCUUGUUAUUGUGAUCAUCUGGAAAUGAUUGCCAGACGUUUCCUUUUGAUAUAGCGAUGAAGUGAUCCGUAUUUAAAUUUUAUAGAGAGAAAUUUUAUUCUAGUGUGAUAGAGAUUUAUUUUCCACUUAAAGACUCAAAACAAUAUGAGCACAUUUUUUUACUACGGUAUAUUUUUGCUUUAAAAUUAAAAACAAACAAAAAAAAAAGGUUUGGCCUUACCACGAAGUUUUAGUGUGUCGUAUAGAUGUUAGCAAAUGCAAAGAGUAUGCAUUAUUUGUGUGUAUCCACAUUGACUGAUGUCGCCUUCAAAAAGCAAUAUUGUGCAGGUAAUAAGUUGUUUGUGACUGUCCAUUGCACAGUUUACCUUCUUUAAAAGCUAACCUUGUUUAUGCACAAGACAAUCAAAUGUAAAUCUACAUCAGCACCCGGGUGUAGAUUAAAUUCAUGUAAAUUACUGAGCACAAUGUAAAACAUUAAAAGACACUUUAUUUAAUUACACAUUUAAUGUUGGUGAAGAUAGUAUCAGGGCAUGAACUAGCUGACAUGCUGUAAUUUCUUUUUCUCUUUUCCUACUUCCUUAGCACUCUUCAGUUUUAGUUUGCUCACGAAUACAUCAGAUUAGUUAUUCUUUUUUUUUUUUUUUUUUGAAGAGAAGGGUGGUUUGGGUCGUUUGUUUUUAUGAAGUUAGGUGGGAGGACUUCUUACUUUGUCUAUGAGGUUUGUGGGUUUUGCUUAUUUGGUUUAUUUUUUAUACCAGUUUCGUGCCCUGAGGGUAAGGCAAACGUUACGCAGUACAGUACAAAAAAAUUACCUUGGAUGAUGUAUUUUUUUGCAAGCAGUGUUAAGAGUUAUGCUAGAUUGGUAAUAUUUUUUCAGCCUAAAAUAUAUUAAAAAUCUGUGAUCACAAAUGUUUUAAACUAUCUAAAGACAAAAUUUGUAUAUUUGGGGGAAGAAAAUAAUUUUUACAUAGCUUUUGUAUGCAGAUAUUAAAAUGUAAUUAUGAAUAUAGUGGGCAUAGAUAACUGUGUAAGCUUGAAUUCUAAAAAAGAAAAAGCUUAUAACUGAA